AGGAGCGUUGGCUUCGGGAGUACCUAACCAGUAGUAGCGUGUGGCAACGAAGAUGGGUAGGCCAGUACAAAUAAAAGAGUGAGAAGCUAACCACACGCUUUGCCGGUACCGGUUCGGUGCCACUUCUGGGGCUGCGAUGUUUGCAGUAAGGCGGGAGGAGGAAGAGGAGGAGGAAGAGUAGACUGUCUGGCAGACAGGUGCACCUCCUCCUCUUCCUCCUCCACAGUAGAGCGAGUGUUCCUCCUGUCAGGUGCAGGCAGCAGCCAUGGAUCCCCGCAAGGAAAAGCCGCGCAAGCCCAUGAAAGCCAAAACGACGAAGCGGAAAGAGAAAACGCACCGGAGCGGCAUGUUCACCCGGCGGAAAUCGCUUCGUUCUCUCAGUCAGUUCAUGAGCAGGAUUCUUAAAACUUUGAGCACUUUGGCGCACUUCGGCGAGGGACGGCCGCCGGAGCCCAGAGAGGACGACGACGACGGCGGCUUCGGUCGAAGCGACAGCGGAGGCUUUAAAGAACAGCCCCCGGUGAGUGUUCCGAAGGAAGGCACUGUGAAAAAGAGCGCCACGCUGUCUUCCCACGGUUCGGUCAAGGAGCGACUGUCGUGGUGCUACGGUGACAAGACCCCAGGGGCUCUUGGUCUCAAAAACCAUGGGAACACCUGCUUCAUGAACGCCGUGGUGCAGUGCCUCAGCAACACCGACCUUUUGGCUGAGUACCUCGGGUUGGAGCGGUAUAAGAUGGACGUGUUGGCCCGGAGAGUGAACGGCGAGACCGCCAGGGGUGAGGUGACUGAACAGCUCGCGUCGCUAGUUCGAGCCUUGUGGACGCUGGAGUACACGCCGCAGCUCUCCGUGGAUUUCAAGAGCAUCGUGGCAAAAUAUGGCUCUCAGUUUCGAGGCAACUCGCAGCACGAUGCCCUGGAGUUCCUCCUCUGGCUUUUGGACAGAGUUCACGAAGAUGCCAAAAACCCGAACAACAACAACAGUAGCAGCAGCAGUAGCAACAACACCAAAGCUAACUUCAAGGGACCCAGCUCAUUGGAGGACCUGUCCAACAAGCAGCAGCCCAGAGGCCGUAACAGUUUUGUCCAAGAACACUUUCAGGCUCAGUACAGGUCAUCUCUGACUUGCCCCCAUUGCCUUAAGCAGAGCAACACUUUCGACCCCUUUUUAUGUAUCUCCCUGCCCAUCCCUCUGCGACAAACCAGGCCAAUAUGUGUGACGCUGGUGUUCAGUACCAAGGGUCAGCGGUACCUACGAGUGGGACUCGCCGUGCCUCUCUUUGGUUCACUUUCCAUUUUGAGAGCCAUGAUAGCAGAAGAAGGAGCCAUCUCUCCAGAGCAGAUAAUCCUGGCCGAAGUGUACUCCACUGGAUUCCAGCGUUCCUUCUCAGAUGACGACGACCUGACAGCCAUUGCUGAUAGUGACGUCAUUUACGCCUUCCAAGCUCCACCUCUGCACAGUCGCACAGGAUCUGUGCCGCACUCAGGGUAUCACCACAGCCUCCCCAAUUCCCCCUACAGCUCCUCAACUGCAAGGUUACCAUCGUCUGGUACAUUAUCCACUGAAUAUCUGAACCAGGGCAGUGCCUUUAAGGUUCUGCUGCUUAUCUGCAAUACGUCAGGAAGUGGUCAGCAGGCUGUCAGGUUCGGGCCGCCAUUUCUCAUGCUGGAAGACAAGAGCAUCUCCUGGGAGCAGCUGCAGCAGAGCAUCCUCAACAAGCUCUAUUAUCUGAUGCUGAACAGAUCUCAUGCUCAGAACACCCGGGUGCUGUUUAAGAUCCGAGUGGUGGGAGUAUCAGCAUCUUCUAGCUACCUGUCACCUCAAGACAGCAGACCACUGCACCACCCUGCUGUUGAUAGAGCACUAAAGAUUUGUGGGCCCGGGGGACCUCAACAUGUCAAAGUUGUCAUCGAGUGGGAGCAGAAGCUUAAAGACUGUGUGUUUGGCAGCAUCCAGGAAGAAGUGGUUCAAGAUGCCGAAAGCGUGAGGAACCAGCAGCAGCACCAUCUUCAGCAACAUAGCUGCACUCUGGACCAGUGUUUUCAGCUAUAUACCAAAGAAGAGCAGCUGGCCCCGGAUGACGCCUGGAAGUGCCCCCACUGCAAACAAAUGCAGCAGGGCAUGGUGAAGAUGUGCUUGUGGACGCUGCCUGACAUACUCAUACUUCACCUUAAGCGCUUCAGACAGGUAGGCGAGCGCAGGAACAAGCUUUCCACACUGGUGCAUUUCCCACUGACUGCCUUGGACAUGGCACCUCAUGUUGUUAAAAGAAGCCAGAGUAUGCGUAACCUGAAUAACGGGCCAUGGCCCACAUCCUGGCCAAAGUCUGCAGGCCAACAACACCCGCCAGCGGACAUGAUCCUGCCUCACGACUACCUGUAUGACCUCUACGCAGUGUGCAAUCAUCACGGAGGAAUGCACGGAGGGCACUAUACUGCCUAUUGCCGGAACUCUGUGGACGGUGUGUGGUACAGCUACGAUGACAGCAGUGUUGACCUGGUCCCAGAGGAGGAAAUUUGCACCAAAGGAGCCUAUAUUCUCUUCUACCAAAGACGGAACAUCAUUCCCCCGUGGUCGGCCAGCAGCUCCCUCAGAGGUUCUACAAGUUCUUCAGUGUCCGACCAUUGGUUAAUCCGCCUGACAGGAGAUAGUAAGAGAGGGAGCAUGGUGUCACGCUCCUCCACCACCUGCCCGUCUUCUGUUCCCGAUUCCCCAGACUCUCCUGUUUUCUUGGAAAAUGUCCCUAAAGAGGAAGGAGGGGGAUUUGAGAGCAGACCUUUUGUGAGGGGACUGCAGGGGCGGAGCGUGAGCAUGAGGGCACCCAACAAGACCAAGGAUACCCUAAACAAGGUGCUACCCCUGCGUUGGUCGCUUGGGUCCAGAGACCGACGAAAACCUGAGCCAGCACUUCCCGAUGUUCAAGAUCCCGCCCCUGUGGAACUGGUCGAGUAUUUGGAGUCUGGCCGACGACCUCGCUGUACCAAGGAUCCGAUAGAGUCCUUAAUGAAUGAAUCUCGAAACUCCAAGCAAACCAGUAGCAGCCGAACAGUCAGAUCCUCUAGUGCAGGCAGGAUCAGUUGCGUAGCGAAAGUAGGAGAUGAAUCCAGACAGUUGCCAGAGGGCCAGCGGAGGCCUUUACAUCAAACAUCCAGCUUGAGGCGCAACAAAGAGAGCCCGCCGAGUGAGGAAGGCAGUAGUAACAGUCUUGCCAAGAGAAAAGACUCCAAAAGACAGAGCUCUUCUAAAACCCAACAGGACACAAGGCCAACUUCUGGAGUUCAAACCAGCUCCAGCAUUCUUGGUGGAACUCUCAGACGACAGAAAGAUGAUCGAACUGAACAGGAACGCUGUGUUGCAAACGAAGGGGCUGCGAAGGGCAAGAACCAUGAGGGACUGCUUUCAUUCCUUAAAGGGAACUUCCUGAAGAGGGACAAGGACUCCAGAAAGUCAAAGGAAGGUACAGUACUAGACGGGGGGAGAAGGACUCCGUCCAGGGUGUCGUUGUCUAAUGGAGCGGCCGGAGGCGAGCUGAGGAAUUCUCAUAGCGAAGAACUCGCAAACGGAAAAGCUAGACAGAGCUCCACCGACAUCAAGCGCUCACAGAGCUCGUCCAGCCUCCCUGCAAGGACGGAGCAGGGCGCCCGCAGAACGGCGUCGCUGCAUCGCAACGGCACAUCUGCACCCUCGGCCCAGAUCCGCGGCGCCAGCAUGGACAAGUUGUCCUACGCCAGCCUUCCGAGGCCUCGUUACGGCACUGCCUCUCUGGGACGAAAAAAGAAAGUUCAAGAGUCCAGCUUCUAAAUGUGGGCGCCUUAAAGGACAUCUGUUCAUUCAAGUCAAAGCAAUAGAGCACAAUUAUCAGAUGGAAUGAAUUCAGAAGAAUGCACAAAGCUUCUGCUCUUGACUACAUCGAGUAAAAAGACAUUGUGACCUCUCUGAACAACUGAGAUUUGAAGCAAGUGCCUGAGCAACUACUAUGCAGUUUAGACAUUGUAUUCGGUCUAUUUAGCACUGGAAGCACACACACUGAUAACACAUGCACCUACCUAGCACAUCCGUGUCUUAUUUUAAUCAACUUAUUCUUUAUUUUUCACUUGUGUAGUUAGCUAACAAUCACUGAUUGUGUUGGAAUGAAGAGAAUGUAAAAUAGCUUUAAUGCUGCUGACCUCAUGUAUUUAACUUGUUUAUUCAUCAAACGCUAUCUCAAGCAUUCAUGACUUUGUGAGGUACACACUGCAUUCUCAACUUAAUCGAUUAUGGUGUCUUCAGUAUUCUCCAAAGUAGGGCUGCAACUAUCGAUUAUUUUAGUAGUCGAUUAAUCGAUGAACUAGUUAGUUCAAAUUAUCGAGUAAUCGGAUAGGUGACAUAGAAAAUAAAAAUACCUGAGAUGAGCCUCAAAUGGUAUUAAAUAAUAAAUAAUAAAUGAGGAUCUGAGUAGAACCAAAUAACAAUUGGCUAACUUACAUUGCAAAAGUCCGCUAGCUCAAAUGCUAUAAAACAGUGUUUUUCAACUGGUGUACUGCGGCACACUAAUGUGCCGUGAUAGAUCGUCAGGUGUGCCGCGAGAAAUUAUCCAAUAUCGCAUUUUUAUACGUCGUUGGGCGGAGUUGCAGUAGGAAGGAAGGAGUAGGUAGAAGGUUGCGGUCGUGUGUAGAUGAGCUAGGUAUUGCUUGUGUCGCAUUCAAGAACUCCUCAGAUUUCUCGCCAUCAGCUGCCUUGCUGUCCGCGACAAUGUGGACCCCGGCAUGUCUACUGUACAUCAUUUGAUUAGACUCGUGAAGUGUCGAUAUACACGAAAGUGUCCUUUCCAUUUUACCAAUAGGUGAUGACCGCCAAUCCUCCCCGUUUUAUUCCAACACAUUGUUGAGGACAGCAAGGUGGCAGAGGCCGAUGGCUAGAAAUCCGAGCAGUUCUUGAACGCGACACGAGCAGCUAUCCGACAGUGCCAUGGUGCCAAGUAAGCUUAAACGUAAUCUCCAAACGAAACACCCGUCACUUCAAAUUAUGCACUAUUUUGUUCACCUUUGUGAAAACAGCGAAACGGGCAACUUUUUUUUUUUUUUUUUAAGAAAAACUACAAAGUUAAAUGAGAAAGCCCUCAAAGCUAGUUAGCUUGUUGCCAAGUCCCACACUAUGGCAUAGACAUUAAUACUACCUGCCUGCAAAGCCAGUGUCGGCGAGAUACUUGGCCAUGGUCAGUUAAGGACAUUGCAAAAGUCUCCCUGUCUGAUAAUUCUGACCUUUUCAAGCCUAACUGCUAUAAAAAGUAAAAACAGAGAGAGAGCUGUUAAAGAAGAUUUCAACCAGAACAUCAGCUUUGUGUUCAUCUAAACAGGCUCACACACUGGGUAAGUAUAAAUAUUAAGAUGUUAUUUUAUAAUUAUUUGUUGUUAGUCUCCUUGUGCCCUGCAAUUGGCUGGCAACGAUUCAGGGUGUACCCCGCCACCCACGUGAGGAUAUGCUUCUCCGAAAAUGAAUGAACGAAUUUUAUGAUUAAAUAUUAUAUAAUGUAAUUUUGGAACUUUUUUUUUGUGAUGUGCCGCAAGAUUUUUUCCAAUGUAAAAACAUGCCGUGACUCAAAAAAGGUUGAAAAACACUACUAUAAAAUGCAAAGGUUGCUCUCAACAAAUGGUUCAAACUCAUAUUCCCUCAAAAAACGGCUAAAUAUACCAAUAAACUAAAAUAUGAAUGCUUUAAAAAAGCAUUAGCUCAAACAAAAAUUUAGCUUAUGUUGGUCUUAACAGGGAGCAGCUGGACUAAGCCAUGGGAAAUAACUUAUGUCAUCUUCACUCUCGCCACUAGAGGGCAGCGCAUGCACCCAAAUCAAUAUAACUAAAUGCAAACACUUUCAAAACAAACCAUUACAAAGCCACUUUAAUUGAAAGAAUACUCGGAACAGCAACAUUUAAUUUGAAUCAUUUUUCUAAUCGAAUUACUGGAGUUAAUCGAUUAAUUGUUGCAGCACUACUCCAAAGUAAAAAAAAAAUUAUUCUGGGAGAAUUUGUUCCGUUUUGAAAAUGAUUUUAACCAUAGGAAAUAAUGGAAAAAGAAAUGUGCCAAUCUUAGAUACUGAUUUUAAAGGCGUACUAUUAUUAAAAGAGACAUUUUAUAUAAUCCUCCUCCCCCUGAUUUUAAUCUGGAGUGAUAUUUCAAAGAAAUCUUUUCCAUCUUGUUCUUUACACUUCACAUCUUGUUUUGUUUGGGGUCGGCAGAGUCUUUGACUUCAUGCUGCUUUGCGUAUAAGUCUGUGCCAAUGAUGGGUUUGACAAACGUUAUCAUGACCACACAUAAAUACACAGAACAGCUAGCUCAGAGGCACAUUUUCUGAGCGAGGCGGAAAACCUGACAUUUGCCUUCUUAAUUUAAUGGUUGGGAUGUCACUCAACUGUCUGUACACAAACAGUCAAUGUUCCUUAAUGUCACAGAAGCGAAGGUUGCCAUGAUCAUUAUUUCUCAAAAUAGCGAGAGGAUUUGCUUUGCGAUAUAAGCAUUUUUUUUUUCAUUACAUUUGUUCAAAUCAACCAACAUAAUACAGUGUAGCGUGAAUGACAUCAAUUGCUUUGGCUUCUACUUGUCCCUGUUGUAUUUUUGCCUGAAAUAUCAAAGCUUGACACAAUCAUAUCAAAUAACGCAAAGGGUCUGCAGUGAAUUAGUUACACCUAUGAAUCAUAAAAGUACAACAAUUCUCAACCAUUCUUCAGCAGAAGGUUUGAUUUAUCUAUUUACUGUAUAUGUAUGGCCCAGUAGCACACAGUAGACCAAGUAUGUGUGUUUGACUUUAGAAAAGUAAAUACAGUACCAAUAAACGUAAUAAUACAGUCAGUCAAAGAGUAAUACAGUCAAAGGGGAAAAAUGUUUUACUUUGACAAGGACAUUAUUUCACUUUCACAAUUCACUCCUUCAGUGACAUUUAUUGAACAUAUUUAAUUAGAGCUUAUCUUAGUGCUGGUGCUGGUAUUCAUUUUUCAUCCACCAUUGAAAGGCCUUCUUUGACAGAAGCGUCUUUCUACAUUGCAAUUAGGCCGUCAGACUGUUUUUUUUUUUUAAUGUUUUUUUUUUUU